AUCCUAAUUCCGAGGUUGAAUUUUGAACACGUAUGGACAUAUUUUUAGACACGAUAACUUCAGUAUCUGAAAUGGCUCGUAGUUUCCUUCUGGUUGGAAUGAUUGCUACUUUGCUAGUGUCUGGAACUAAUGCUUGGCACUGUAUUGGACCACAACUGUACUGCAAUACGAUUGAAAUCUGGAGUAGAGUGUGUCCAUCUAGGAAUCCAUGCUCUGUUCCUUCCACCACCCUGGCUGCCGUAAGCACAACGCCGGUUUCGACUACCACCACCACAACAACUACGACAACGACAACCCCUCCUCGCGUCUGUCCUACCGUUGAGUGCUGCAAUUUCCAGUGUAAGAACAAUGCCUUUUGUGGAACGGCAGUUCAGCAAACAGAUGUUCCCACGUGUGACGAUGGAGGUGCACCUGAGAUGUGUAAGGACCCUCAGACCGCAUUCUCCGACAAGUGUCUGGACCUGGGAUGUAAUGAUUUGAGUUGUGCACAAUCAUUGUGCACUGUAACGGGAAAGUACAGUCUGUGUCCGGCUUGGAACUAAAAAGCUUUGUGCAAUUAUUCGUGUAAACCCUUGAAAAUUGGUGGGUUUUUCAGAAUCCAAAAUUAUUGUUAAUAAUUAUAUCGCUUCAACCCAAGUAGUAAACAUGAUUCGACAUUCUUUUCUGCAAGUA